AUGGUAGCGAGAUCCCUGCGCUCGGAGAGAUCUGGCAUCCCGGUUUACUGGCGCCCUCUGAUAAGAACCCGCUACUUCUCCCGGACGCUUUUCUUUUUCUCCCAGUUCCACACUCCGUCCCUGCAACACACCAUGGCCACCAGCAUUGCCAACUUGGAGGGCGACCCUCGCAUCGUCGACAAACAAGAGGACGGUCAUGACUUUUUGGAACCCACACAUCCGCAUGCCAAGGUGACCCUCGAGGAGUAUUGCGCUCAUGCCGACCGUCAACGGAAAUUCGAGAUGGAGGGUCCCUCUACUCUGUCCCCCAGCUCAUCCAACAUCGGAGAGAAGAAUGAAAAGUUUCCCGACAUUUCUGUGGAGGCCAACCUCACUGAAGAUGAGAAGGAGAGGAUCAAUGCUCGGCGCGCACUGCGCACAGCAUCGUGGGCAGCUGUCUUUUACCUCAUCACCACUGAUAUUCUUGGUCCGUUCAACGCGCCAUUCGCCAUCAGCCAGGUCGGCUAUGUGCCCGGUGUCAUUCUCUACUUCUUUAUGGGAGCGAUCGCGUGCUACACCGGACUCUUACUCUGGUGGCUGUUCCUUAAACUCGACUCCGAUAUAUUUCCUGUCAAGACCUACUCUGACAUCGCAGAACGUAUUUUCGGCAAAGCCGCAAAACAUAUCUGCACGAUCCUUCAGACGAUCCAGCUCAUCAUCAAUGUCGGUACCAUUUGUCUCAGUAAUGGCCAGUCGUUGAGUCAAAUGUCAAAAGGCAGACUCUGCUUCGCCGUCUGCAUCGUGAUCUGGGCUAUAGUAGGUAUGUUGAUUGGCCAGAUCAGGACGCUCAAGAACUUCGGGUGGCUGGCCAAUUGUGCUGUCUGGCUCAACUUGCUUAUCAUUUUCACUUCGAUGGGCUUCGUCGCGCACUCCCCGCCAAACUAUGCAGCUGCCUUGUCCUCUCUCGGUGUUCCAGAAGGCCCCAUUGUCCACGCCACCUUCGUCAGCGCUCCCCUGUACAAUAAAGUGAACGGUAUCAUGCAGAUGGUGUUCGCAUACGGUGGUGCUAUGAUUUUCCCCGAGAUGCUCGCGGAGAUGCGCCGUCCGUGGGACUUUUGGAAAGGCAUGUGCUGCGCCCAGCUGUUGAUUUUCGCAGCGUACUUGAUGUAUGGCGUGUUCGUCUACGCCUAUCAGGGACAGUUCACCCUACCCCUCGCGUAUCAGGGUGUCAGCAAAUACUCGUGGCAGACACUCAACAACACGUUCGGGUUGAUCACUGGUAUCAUUGCUGCCGGCCUAUACGGUAACAUUGGUAUCAAGGUGGCCUACUACAACAUCGUCGAGGGUAUGCUGCACGGACCCCAGCUGAUGAGCCGCACCGGUCGGUUCAUCUGGACCGGCAUGGUACUUCUCUAUUGGGCUCUGGCGUUCAUCGUCGGUGCCGCCAUUCCCCAAGUGGCGACUAUCUCCGCCCUAGUUGCCGCCGUCUGCAUUAUGCAGUUCACCUACUCCUUCCCGCCAGCCCUCAUUUGCGGCUUCUACUUCCUAAAAGAUGCCCGAGGUGAGACGGGUCGCAUGUGGUGGUACCGCGGCUUGUUCAGUGGCUAUUGGUGGUUCAAGUGGUUCAACCUCAUCCUUUCGCUCGCCAGCUUCUCAAUGGCUGGUCUCGGAAUGUACGGCAGCGGCCUGGCCAUCAAGGCCACGUUCAAGCUCGGUGCGGCUACGAGCUUCGGGUGCACUCCCCCGGUGUAG